AAUUAAUUAACUCCCAUGCCGGGCAGAGACAUUAAGCGCCUGAAUUUGAAUAAGCCAACUGAAAAAACGUCUCUAAUAACGGUCAUUGUUUCCCUAAAACAUCCUCUAUUGUCUACUUCGUUCCAACCCUGCCACAGGUCCCAUUCCCAGCAGUCCAAAUCAUUCUACUAGGAUUUAAGGGGGUUGAAUUUCCUUCACAGCUGAAAGCAUAUGCUAGAACAUGGCCGAUAACAAAGCAGAUAUACUUGAUUUGUCUGUUCUGCCAUUCGGGGAGGAGUCAGAUUUGAAUUCUCAUAGCAAUGCAUGGCAUGGACCAUUGUGUUGACUGAGGUAUAUAUACAGAUUGAUUUUAAAGAAACUAGCCAUUCAAGGACGACUAAUGUCCUGGAAAUGAAAGGCCUGAGGACUGCCAUGUCAGAAGAGGAGCUAAAGAUUCGCAGUGAGCUAGAGAUGGAGAUAGAAAGAGAUUUGGAAGAAGAAAUCAAAGAUGGAAUAUACCAUCAUGCUCUCAGAUUGCACCGACUGUAUCAGCAGCAAAAGGAAAGGAUUGCAAAAGAAGGACCUGGGUUUGAAACCUUUCAAGCUCAACAAAGAAAGAAUAGCCAAACACUUCUUGAAGUGAACAUAAGCAUAAGAAUGGAAGGAGGGACCAAAAUUGAAAUAAAAGAGACCAAGAAAGAAGCUCAUGAUCAUCAUCAGGAGAAGGGUCGGCCUCGUACUUCUAGAUCAGAAAACAUGCAACCAUUUCAGCCUGUUUCCAAUGGGAAGAAACUCGAUUGGGUGAGGAGUCUCCGAUUCAAUGCCGGUCCGGUUGCCAUUGAUAGAUCAUCAAAACAUGGCAGCUUACAUCAGCCUAAAACACCAAGCAACAACCGUUGCUGCUAUGAUCUGAAUCUUGACCUUAAAAAUGCCAGGAGAAUUUGCACUGCUUCUGUCUUGGGGCAGCCCAAGGUCCGUGCGAGUGUCGAUAACAAAGUACUUGAAUUGGGAUGGAAAAAUUGAUAUAUUUUUUGCUUUUAUGAUAUGAAAAUAAUAGCAGAAUACAAAUAAUAUUGUUACGUGUGAUUAAUUUUAAGGCACGAUGUUGUUAUUCUGGUAUUAAUUGUAAUA